UUUUUUUUCCUAUUGUUACACUUUUUUUCUUCUUAUUCUUAUUCUUCUUCUUCUUCUUCUUUAAUCCUGUCUUACUCUUACUUUAAUCACGAUAAUAACCUUGAUAUGGGGAAUACGGAAUCACAUCCAGCCUUGUCUAAUGAUGUUGUUUCCAACUUACCCAAACGAACUCAACAACGACUAUCACAAGCUCAAACGGCAAAAAAAUAUCAACCUUCUUCAUUUAGUUUUUUUGAAGCAGCAGCUGUAGCACAAACACCUGUACCAAAACCCGUUGUUCGACCUUCUAGUCGCAAAUCUUCGUCAGUUGCUACUUCUCAUACAUCAAGUUCGAAAUCUUCUAGUGAAAAACAAACUCGACGUUCACCUUUAUCCACUUCCACUCGUGAAUCUGUGAUCUCACUUCCGGAAUUACAACAAUUGAAGCUGGCCUUUACUGAAGUUGCUGGACGACGUUAUCUCACUACUCCUGGAACUCAUUAUCAUUUACCUUGUGACGACGAUGAAGCUGAUAGAUUGGUUAUACUGCACUUUUUACUCAAAUAUGCCUUCAAAGGAAAUGUGAUUGCCCCAAUUAUACCUAGACUCAAACAACCGAAGGCUCAAGUACUUGAUAUUGGUUGUGGAAGUGGCACAUGGGUUUUGGAAAUGGCAGCAGAAUAUUCUACAGCAGAAUUUUAUGGUAUCGACAUUAUAACCUCGUUCCCAAAAAGUGUCAAACCAACAAACGCUCAUUUUAGUCAACACAACUUUUUAUCAUCCUUACCUUUUCCGGAUAAUUCGUUGGAUUAUAUACAUAUGCGACAUCUUUUAAACCUACUCUCUACUCAACAAGUUCAAACUAUUCUUGGUGAAAUUUCUCGUGUACUCAAACCUCUUGGCACAGUUGAAAUUGUAGAUGUAGAACAUCGUAUUCAACGACCUGGUCCUUUAUGCCAAUCCUUAUUAAAUGAUGAAUUACACAAUGCGUUUCAUCGACAUCAUAUUGAUCUUUUACAAAGUAAUCAAGUAUCAACUCUGCUUAUGACUCAAUCUUCUAGUUAUGGAUUUGUAGACAUACGACAACAACAAGUGACGAUUCCAUUAGGUUGGGGUGGACAAGUAGGUCAAGUACAUGCGCAAUGUACUGAAUCUUUUUAUAAAUCUCUCAGUCCAACUAUCCGUAACGCUGUCACUAAUACAUCACCACCUCCUACUUGGCAACCUGGUGCUCUUGAUUUUAUGUUGGGUUUAUCAGAUACAGCCAUUGAACAAGCAAUGAAAGAAUGUCUUCGGUAUCAAAGUCAUCUCAACUGGUUUGUGUGCUACGCUCAAAAAUCCUUGAUUCCUGCAUCUGCUUUAUCCUCACCACGUGCUCUCUCUUCAAGCAAAUCAUCCUCCAUGGCACCAUCAGUCAUCUCCAAUAUCGAUGUACCACCAACUCCAAACUCUCAAACAGAAUAUAUGAUGGAUGGCAAUUGGGAAACAAUCAAUCAAUUUGUUGACGGAUAUACUGAUUAGAUAAUAGAAAAAAAAAUCCCCAUUUUUAUAUAAUUCGUUAGUUAGUUUUAUUGUACAUAAUAUCUAUUAUUUAUUAUUAUUAUUUUUUUUAUUAUUUUUAUACCUUAUUCCUAAUCAUCAUUAAAAUAAAGACUUCUUUUUUUUUUUUUCUUCC